GAAAUAUGAUAGGCUUCUUUUCAUAUAUUUGUGAACUCAAGAAAGAGCUGCUUGUGGGAAUAUCAAUCUCUAUAAUUUAUAUAACCUACUAUCUGGUGGAAGCAGUCAAGAAACCUGUCAUAAUCUGUCGUAAAGGAGAAUUCUUAGAUUUCUUGGAAGAAAAAGUUCCCUUGCUGAAUGAACGAUAUUGGCCGACGCCAUGGUGCGUCGAAUCAAGGCUGCAGACUGUUAUAGGCUCGUUGUUGCGCACGCGACUUCUGUCGCCCGUACAAUAUCGUAGAGAAGUGCUAACGUUGUCUGAUGGAGGGCAAGUAGCUCUCGACUGGGCGAUAGCUGCAGAAGAUGGGGCGGGGGUGAAGGAAGGAGGUAAAGGCGGGGCGGGGGUGAUGCUAGUGUUACCGGGCGUCACGGGCGACGCACGUGCAGACUACGUGCGAUGUUUGGUUGCUGCGGCCGUUCAACUGCGACUGCGAUGUGUAGUCGUCAACUAUAGAGGCCUUGGAGGACUUCCACUUACGACGCCGCGGCUGUACAGCGCAGUGAGCCACUCCGACUUAGCGGAGGCUGUGCGUGCUAUUGAGAAGAAAACAGACGGGCCUCUGGUAGCGACGGGAGUGUCACUAGGAGGGCUCGUACUGACACAAUACCUCGCCGCUAGCGCUGAUAGCACGCCCCUGCUCGCCGCGUUAGUCGUCUCCUCGCCGCUUGACGUCGUGCGAGGGUCGGAGUGCAUAGAGCGGUGGCCUGUGAACGCACUUCUCUCGUACCACAUAGCUCGUAAUCUGCGACGUGCCGUCGAAGCGAUGCGCACCUUAGGCGCCGUUCUCGACUGGGGUGCUUUAGAGCGGUGUCGAUCCGUCCGCCAGUUUGAUUCCAUCUUCACCGCGCCCCACUUCGGCUUCCCGACCGUAGACGACUAUUACCGAGAAGCGUCGUUACGAGGGAAACUAAACAGGGUGCGCGUACCACUGUUGUGCUUGUGCGCAGCUGAUGACCCGUUCCAACCUUUGGAGGUUAUUCCAACUGCCGAAGCUGCGGAAAGCGAACGAGUAGCUCUAGCGGUGACAGCUCGGGGGGGACACAUAGGAUUCCUAGAAGGCUGGUGGCCAUCAUCCCCACCACGAGACCACUACUUGUCCCGACUUGCCGUGCAAUACUUCGGUGCGAUACUCAAACACCCAGACAUCCUAAAGUUGUCGAAUAACAAUUAAGAACGAUUGCGGUUGACGCUUACGAAGAGCGUAAGGUGGUCAUCGAAAAAAACGACCUCACUUUUUGUCGAUUAAACUAAAUCAAUGAUUCCGCAAGACAGAGUUGCUUGAGAAUUUUACUGUGACAGAGUAAAUUUUUGAUUAAACUUUUGUUUCAAACUUAGAAGGAAACAUUUAUUUCGGGUCAGUUUUUUCGAUGAUGAUUUUGGUUAGUCUGUAUACCUGUGUGAUUGGCGUACCUACACGGUACAGUUUAAUUAUUUUUACAAUAAAGAAAGCGGGAGUUUUCAAACAUAAUGAGGCUUUUCAGACCGUUCCUUAGAACAACUUGUUGUUAUCAAAAGGCUGAAAGGAAUAAGUUUUUUAGACAUUAAAUAAAAAUUCGAAUAGCAAGGGAUGUCAAUUUGGUACAUAUAAAAGCGGAGCUUCAAAUGAAUAUAGGUACAUAUCCUUUGAAACGAAUAUGAAUUUUAGAUACUUAUUUCAAACCAAUGCUAAUAUAAUUAAAAAUAGCGUUUUCAAAAUCUACAUUUCCUGUGGAAACUCCUUACCGAUGUUGUCAAUUCAACAACUGUAUUCUUUAUCCUUAUCAUCUCGAAGUCAUAAUUUUUCACAUUCAUAGGAAUGCGCCGAUUUGUUCAAAGAUAUAUUUACGACAAUUAUUACUUCAAGAUAAGUAUUUAGUAGGUAAGUAUUACCUAGAAAUGGUAUGCGGAAAUCGGAAAAUCCCUUUUGUUGAUGAUAAUGCUGUGUAGGUGCGCCAACGUUUAAUAUUUAAAACUUCAACUGACGUUUGUCUCGCUAAUCGUUUAAUACCUUAAUCGAUACCGAAUUUUACCAAAAUAAUUUUAAGUUUACGUGCCUAUGCUAGAAAUAAAAAACGCCGGUG